UGAAUCCUUUCCCUCCGACCCCAGCGGACUUCGAGCAGUUAACAGCACAGAUGAUGAAAACAUAUCGGCAUACUACAAUGUAUAUACGGCAUACAAGGCAAUGUAGAUCGCGUUCAGGAUUCCAAUCAUUUAACCUGACAUUUGAGUGAAUGACAUCAUUUGGUCUGGUAAAUCCUCGCCGUGCAAUCGGAAGCAGCAUGUUUCGAAUAGUUUAUCUGACUUCUGAGUGUUUCAUGGAUUCUUUGCGGGAAUUUUGUUCAGUAGUCUACUCAGAAUAAAGAGAUCCUGGUCUAUUAUCGGACCACCACAGAGUCAACACAUGAUGAGCAACAGCAGUAAACGAGUCCAGCCAAGCUUCACUGUCGCCCCGGUGGUCCAGAGCAAGAUGCCCCGGCUGGAAGGGUCCAUCAUUGGUAGUGUGGCGUCUACAGAGGCAGGAGGGCUCUCUAAACCAGCCAGCCUGGCUCACUACCCCUCUGCCCCCCACCACACACCCCAGACCCAGGCUCUGCAGAACAGGGCCUACUUCACCUAUGACCUCGGGGGUCACGACCUCUCUGACCCUGACCUCCGACCUUCCUGGAGCCCCUCUGAGGGGUUGCUGCUGAACAGGAGGAAUGUGGGGGUUUCCCCUCAGAGCGUGGAGGAGGGGUCGUUACGAAACCACAUAGUUUACAGCAGGGCAGAGACUUUUUCUACUGAGAGUAGUAGUGUUAGUGGUAGUAACUCUGUCUCUGCUACUGCUCAGGACACUCCAGCUAAGCAGGGUUUUACCUACUACACCAGGAGCCCAGGUGGGCUGAGGAGUCCCACCAGCGGGCCUGGGACCAUCGCUAUGCCCAUUGCUGUGAGGAAACAGCCCCCUGUUGGAGGAGUUAGCCUCUCCCCUCAGUCUGAGAACUCUGUCUGUCUGAGUCUGGCUGUUCCCAAACCGCUCUACGGACACCCCUCCCCCUGCUGUUCUGAGCUGGGCUGUACUGUAGGACAGAGGCACAGUCUGGAGCAGAGGGGGGGAGUACACAGGAUCCAUCCCCAUCUUAAUUUGUAUGAGGGGUGGAUGUAUAGUCCUAGCUCCCACCACCACCCCAGGGCUCUGCAGCCGGAGCACGGUGUUGAGACAGAGAGACUAUCAGACAGACUGCCUCUAAAAGAUGGCAAGGACCACCAACACCACCCCAAUGGAAUCCCCAACAGAGCAGUAUCGGCACAAAGAUUUCCUGUCUUCAUGGAACCAACCUACAGCAUUGGUUACCCAUGUGCCCCGGCCCGUGCCGUACGAAGCCCCUCCUCAUUUACAUGUGACCCCCUCUCUUCACAGUUAGGCGCCUCCCCCUAUGGGGCUGAUCAAUGCCAACGUUUACAAAUCCCUUCUAAACGUCCAACCUAUCACAGCUUGGUCUCUUCCCACCCCUCCUGCUCUUCCUCUCACCCCUCCUGCUCUUCCUCUCACCCCUCCUGCUCUUCCUCUCACCCCUCCUGCUCUUCCUCUCACCCCUCCUGCUCUUCCUCUCACCCCUCCUCCCAUCCCUCUCACCCCUCCUACCAUCCCUCCCAUCCCUCUCAUCCCUCCUGCCAUCCCUCCCAUCCCUCUCCUCCCUCUCACCCCUUCCACCCUACAACAUACAAACCCAUGACCCCUUUGCACCAUGGCGUUCCGGUAACAUCACAAGUUUAUCAGGGCCGCUCUUCUCCCAAUGUGGCCAAAUACAGCCAGCUCCCAGUCACACAGCCCAUUUUUUACUACCAUCCUCAGGCAAAUGUGGAGGGAGAGAGUGAGAGUUGUGGAGCAGGUUUUAAAGAUGCAGGAGGAGGAAUGCACAGAGACAGAGACUGGGAGGAUGUUAUGGUCUCUAAAGGUUCUAAAAGACCCCUACCUCCCAGUCCCACCCAGACAGGACCCCACCUAGCUUCUCAUCUUCCCAGCACAGCAACCCCCACCCACUACCAUGUCACCCAGUCUAUGUACAGUACUGAUGUCCCCAUGUCUAGCCACAUGGCUCCUAGUAGCCACCCAUACCUCAGGAGUUUUGACCAGCCCUCCUAUCAUCAAUUGUACAGGAUGCCCCUGAAUGCAGCAGGUCAGAUGAGAGCCCCUGCUAUAGCCCCAGAGAGACCCUGUGCCUCUCCAUCUCCCCCCAGCAGCCUACAGCGGACUGAGAGACCCCUGGACUACUCCCUGCCUCAGUACAGAUCUCCAGUCACCUCUCCUCAGGUCUCCUCCCCCAGGAGACACCACCUAUCUCGGGGACACUCUGACUCCACACUCCCUGGAGCCCCACUGACUGUCUCCACCACACUGUCACGGGCUGACUAUGGCCAUCACAACCACCCAGCCAACCACCACCACCACCACAGCAACAACCAUGCUACUACAGCCAUGUGUACAACUGCUGUAAACUAUGGCAACCACCACACAACUACAGCCAACCAGAACAACCACCAACACACAACUACACGUAACCAUCACAACGCCACGUGUCAGGGAAUGACUGGUUCUACUGUAGUGAGGCUUCGAGACAGUCCUGUCCCUCAGUCUAAUGUGCAUGGAGACAUGAUCACUACUGGUACAGAAAUGCUGAAGAGAUGGGUCUCGGACUCAGACCGACCCAUCAACAUAGACUCUCCCUCACCAAAACACACACAGGACAAUGGGGAUGACGUCAUUGAUGUGGAACUAUAUCAGAAACGACAGAAGAUGAAGACGAACGGAGAGGGAGAUAUAGCAGAGGGAGAUAUAGCAGAGGGAGAUAUAGCAGAGGGAGAUAUAGCAGAGGGAGAUAUAGCAGAGGGAGAUAUAGCAGAGGGAGGGAGAGCAGAGGUGAACGGAGAGGGAGGCGGACUCGAUAGCUGUCUGUCUCCCUCUCCUCCCAUGCCAGUCAUCAACAAUGUUUUCAGCCUGGCUCCAUACAAGGCUUACCUAGAGGCUGCUGGCAUGCUGUCUCUACCUGUUAGAGGAUCUCAGAGAACUGACCGCCAUCCUUCUGGACACUGUGUGCUCAAACCUGAGACCCAAUCAGACCCUCACAGACGUCAUCAACACAGACAGGAAACAGGCCCUACAUCUGACCCACACAGGCCUGAGAGAGACCCUGAACGAGAGGAAGGGAAGCCUGUAUCAAUCAAUCACAGGAUUGGUAACCAUGUAGUCCGACCAGCCUCAGAACAGCAGAGGCCUGUAGUCCAGCAGAGGAUUCUGGGUAUUGUAGUCAGAUCAGACACUACACAGAAGACACCCGUAGUGCCUGUUUUCAGUGAAUCACCGCAGGAACCAGAGAGGGAGGUGGAAGUGAAGACCGCCGAUUUGCAGAUUAAAGUGGUUAAGGAAGAGGAGGAGGAACCACAGCAAGAACCAGAGAGGGAGGUGGAAGUGAAGACUGAUGACGACAUGCAGACUAAAGUGGUUAUUAAGGAAGAGGAAGAGAUGGAGGUGGCAGCAGCAACAACAGAGCCGGGUGUGUUUGUACAUGAUCUCACCGUGGGUGUUAUUAAGAAAUGUGAAUCUGAUCAACUGGACAGUAAAUUGUCAAUAGCGUCAGAUAAAUAUAUUUCUAUUAUGUCGGCUACAGAUAGACGUGUGAUGGAGGGAUCUUUUACUUACAACGAGCACCACCAUCAGUCCCAAACUCAGCACCACCAUCAGUCCCAAACUCAGCACCACCAUCAGUCCCAAACUCAGCACCACCAGCCCCGGUCCAACCACCAUCCAUCCCAGCCCCUGUCCAACCACCAUCCAUCCCAGCCCCUGUCCAACCACCAUCCAUCCCAGUCCAACCACCAUCCAUCCCAUCCCCUGUCCAACCACCAUCCAUCCCAGCCCCAGUCCAACCACCAUCCAUCCCAGCCCCUGUCCAACCACCAUCCAUCCCAGUCCAACCACCAUCCAUCCCAGCCCCUGUCCAACCACUAUCCACCCAAUCCGCCGCAACCCCACCUACGUCCCAAAUCAACAACUCCACCCCAACCCCUCUCAAUAAGGCAUAGGAUAGUUGGCGCGUUCACCCAUAACGUGCACCACCCUCCCCAGGCCCAUCAGAAGCCCUAUGACCAGACUGCUACACCACACCCUAAAUCAUCCAGCUCUCCCCAAUCCACCAACCCAGCCACCACCAAACUGAACCUUCAAAACAUCCCUCCUCAAUGUCUCAAACUAUCCACUUAUAAGAUCGUCCUGCCAGAUAACAUGCUCCGGGCUGUUGCUCCCCCUCCCUGCUCUACAGAGGUCCCACAGUCACCCACUGACCCUACAGCUGUAGCCAAAUCCAGCCGCAGCCCUCAUGCCCUUUCAGACAGCAACAACAGCUCCCGACCAGCCAGACAGCACUUCCUAGAGCUGCACCUCUUACUUUGUAACCUGGUUUCCAGCUGUGUGUCCCACACCCCACCCACAGAGCUCCAAACCUGGCUGUCCCAGCUGGACAUCUCCCUUACCUCCACCGCCAUUUCCCCACCCAAGGCCCAGAAGGUGACCUCUCUGCUGGGUUCUGAGGCCAGGGAGGUGUGGCUGAGGGGACCAGAGACCCAGGCUGCCCUCCAGAAUGUGCUCCAGAGACUGGGGCAGUAUGUAGCCCAGAAGCAGUGUCCCUUCCCCCAUGUGAUGAGGGCAGGCGCGGUGUUUGUUCCCAUGCUGGUGGUCAAGGAGCUGCUCUUCCCUCAGGUCCAGGGGGUCUACAUCGACCAGGUUCUCCAGGAGCACAAGGUGGAGUUGAGACCUACCACCCUGUCUGAGGAGAGACACCUGGUGACGCUGCAGAAACGACCGUGUUCCUCCAAGCUCCGCAGACUCCUGUCACUCAAACACCUGCCUAACAUCUACCCUGACGUUCUCAACCUCUACUAUCACAGCUGUGUCUGCAAGAGCCUGGGUGUAGAGCCAUGUGACACGGCCAGGACACCAGAAGGAAUGCUGUGUUCAGAGGAUCGUUGGAAUAGGUCUGCCAGUGGGCUAUGUUCACUGGCCACCAACCGCUGUGACAUUGGAACACAGACCACCACCUCACCACAACACCUGGAGGAAUGUAUCAGUCUGUCUCCAUCUCAGACCCCGAGCUGCAGAGCCACAGCUAGCCUCUCCUCUCAUAGACCGAGAGAGGACCCGAAGAGAGGAUCAUCAUCAUCCUCACACUUUAAGAUGCACAAGAGGAAAGAGGGGAAAGGCAAGAAGAAGAAGAAGAAGAGCUUCCCCAAACCUCUGUUUGUAGGGACGAGGGUUCGCACGGUGUUGGAGGGUGGUGGGAACACAGAGCAGGCUGGAGACUGGAGCAUUCUAAAGAACACUGUUAAUCAGGAGGAGGAGGAAAGGAAUGGCCGGCUGGUGUGGAGCAGUGACAAUGCAGGCAGUGACUCUGACAGGAGGGAUGGAAAGAGUGAUGGAGAGAAAAGGGGAAAGGGGGAUGGAGAGCGGAAUGGAGGCAAUAAGCUGGAGGAAGAGGAGGAGCCACCAGCCACACCCCUGCUGGAGGAGGAGGAGGAGGAGUCUAACUCCUGGACGUGCCCUUUGACCUCAGACGAGCUGUCUUCGUCUCCUAGCAACAGGGAUCGAGCCUCCACACUAUUGGCCGUGCCGUCCUACAAGACCCCAUCCUCAGGUUCAGCCUGGUCCCAGGGCCUCAGGACGAAGAGCCAGUCAGGGAUGAUCCUCAAGUUGAGGAAGGUGUUGUUUCCUGAGGGACGUAAAGGACAACAGACGCGAUACCAGGCUGUCUCUGUCUCAGACACUGAACUGCGCCGACACAGUCAGCCUCCUCUCUCAGACAGCCAGCCUCUCCUCUCAGAGACAGAGGAUGGGGAGUCCAGGAGAAAGAGGGACAGGGAGGGGGACAGAGGAGAGGCCAGGGAAAGAACCAGGGAUGGAUGUCUUUCCAGGAGGAUGUCCUCCAAGCUCCCCCAGCGAGGGCUGCAUUUCGGGGGCUUCUCUUCUACCCUGCGCCACCUCACCACCUUCUCAUCCUUCAGCCGACUGCCCUCCUCUCUGUCCUCCUCCCUGCGCCGCUCCGUCAUGAAGAUCAAGUACUGCCCCUUCUUGUCUGCCUGCCACAGCUCUGACCACCGUCGGCGCCGCUGGAUCCUUCGCUCCGCCGUGCAGCGCGCCCGCUCCGUCAUGAAGAUCUACUACCCAGACCUGGUGGGGAGACGGAUACAACACCUCUACGAGGAGGGGGACGGGACGGAGGUGUGGUACAGGGGUCUGGUGGUGCAGGUACAUGAGCCACACCCUAACCCCCUGAAGACUGUGUUCCAGGUGAAAUAUGACUCUGAACCAGAGUGGCAGUACUACUUGGAGCUGCUCAUAGACUAUAAGAAGGGUUGGCUAAAAAUAGAGGACUGAGACAGGACUGAAGGCUAACUGGGCGUUUUGUCUUGUUUGGUUUUUGAAGAAUGGCUGGCUUGAAGAAGAGUGAAUCCUGGUGAAACACAAUUUUUCCUGUGUGUGUGUGUGUUUUCACUGGUUUGUGUGUUUUGACUGUGUUGUUUUUCAACAGUUUGAUAUGUGUAUCGGUGCUUUUCUCUGGGCCACUUUGUUUUUGCAUCGCCUGGUGCCCCGGGUGGGUGGAGAUUUCACUUUAGGACCAAUGGAAUGGUCUACAAUAUGCAACUUCCACCCCACCCUGUUCACCGGACGACGCAAAACAAACUCGUCCAAUGAUCCUCAAGUUGGUCUUUGCUAGUUUGUUGUUAAACUGUCAGCUGCCGGCUGCCUCCCAAAGGAAUGCUGUUGGACAGGAUGGAGAUUAUUUUUUACUUAAGACAGACCGAUUGGUUAAACUGUGCUCCUUGCAACAUGGAAACAUAAAUCUACCACCCAUUAUGUUAAAUUGUUUGUAUUUAUUCAUCCUAUCAGUUAACUGUAAUUGUCUCCGGUUCACAAAAUAAUAUUGUUAGACAAGAUUUAGGCAGUUUUAAUGAAUCUUUCCUCCGGAAAAAUGUCUAACAGUCUUAAUUUAUGUUAAGCUAGUAAGGCCAUCACAGAUGGCAUCUCAAAUGGCACCCUAUUCCUUAUAUAGUGCACUAAUUUAGACCCAAACGGCACCCUAUUCCCUAUAUAGUGCACUAUUUUAGACCCAAAUGGCACCCUAUUCCCUAUAUAGUGCACUAUUUUGGACCCAAAUGGCCAUCCCUAACCCCGUACCUAACACCAUCCCUAACCCCGUACCUAACACCAUGCCUAACCCCGUACCUAACACCAUCCCUAACCCCGUACCUAUCCCCCGUACCUAACACCAUCCCUAACCCCGUACCUAACACCAUCCCUAACCCCGUACCUAACACCAUGCCUAACCCCGUACCUAACACCAUGCCUAACCCCGUACCUAACACCAUCCCUAACCCCGUACCUAACACCAUGCCUAACACCAUCCCUAACCCCGUACCUAACACCAUCCCUAACCCCGUACCUAUCCCCCGUACCUAACACCAUCCUUAACCCCGUACCUAACACCAUCCCUAACCCCGUACCUAUCCCCCCUACCUAACACCAUCCCUAACCUCGU